UCCAACCCUCAGUGUGUAGCUGGAACACAGGCAGCAAUAUUAUUGUGGGAUACAGUCUUCACUGCACAGUCCCUCGAAAUGGCUCUCCGUACGCGUAACAAGGCGCUAGGAUAGUUUGCGGUAUCAUAUUCUGGAUGCAUGCGACGUUGAUCUUCUCAUGUGGUUUUUCGGUCAUGUAUUUAUUUUUGUAGUGUAGGCUACAUUAUGUGCAUAUCGAGAAUAUUUGAAUCUCUUCCGUAUUUCUGGUUGUCUGGAUUUGGGAGUCUACAGAUAACACUAGCCACUUUUUGAGCAAGGCUUCGAAUAUUUCCUUUUGACAGCACAAUUUGGGAAACAUUUUGAUAUUCUUACGUGGAUAUACUUGGACUUUUUCACGGUUUCAGCCUAGUUGGGUGAAGGGACAGUUUUUCAAUCCACGCACAUCGCUCCCGUGUUUCGUUCUGCACGGUUCGAUAGUAUCCGAUAAACUUGACCAGCGCCUUUUCUCAGAAAUACACUUUUCGUUUGAUCUGAUGUAUUGCGCGGAGCAGUGCAUGUUUAUAAGUACGAUGUAUUAUUCUUAAAAACUAGGAUUGUGGAGGUCAUUAUCAGUGCCAAUCAUAAUGGCAAACGACGACAACCGCUGUAUAGUGGAAAAGUACAUUUGUCACAAACUCUUGAAAAGGGGAUAUGCGUGGGAUUUCGAGAAUGCCGAGGAUGAGGAAGAUGCUGAUAAUAAUGGGUCGAUGAUUUCUCCUCCGCCUGGUUUGGCACGGCGGUGCCACGGGGCCAAUAACGCCAGACCGGGCAGCGUCCCCCAUCUUUCCAAACGGCUCUCCCAAACGGACCCGCAUGCAGCUAUUCACAGAGUUUUGCGUGAGGCCGGGGACGAACUCGAACGACUGUACCAGCCCGACUUUGCGGAGAUGUCACACCAAUUGUAUCUCACGUCUUCUAUGGCAGAAAGGAGAUUCAGAGAGGUGAUAGACGAGCUGUUCAGGGACGGGGUUAACUGGGGACGAAUUGUCGCCUUCUUCGAGUUCGGGGGCACAAUAUGUGUGGAAUGCGUGAACAAGGAAAUGACGUCGCAGGUUGACCACAUCGCCGGGUGGAUGACGGAGUAUCUAAAUGGACCGCUGCACAGCUGGAUUCAAGAGAACGGGGGAUGGUCACUGAGGAACAUAAAUCCACAGUUAAGGCCUACAGUUACUCCUCUCCCGACUCCCGUGAAACAGAGGCCUUUGUUGAGCUCUAUGACAGACAGAGGGACUCCGUGUUCUGUUCGUGGCCGUCCAUCAAGACUGUCUUUGGCCUGGCUGCACUGGGGGCUGCAAGCCUUACCAUCGGAGCUUACCUUACACAGAAGUGAAGGAGUCCCCCCCCCUCUCUCUUUCUUUUUCUUCUCCCUCCCGCUCUCACUCCUUUCUCUUUUCAAAGGCCCCCUCCAAGAUCCCCAACCUGCCUGUCUUCAAAGCUUCUCUCCCCUUUCUCGAAAAAACCUCCCUCUUCCUCACUUAAAAAACAGACACAAAUCAAACAACAGCAGGAAAUGGAGUCACUGCCCACACAGAAGAGAAUAUGUCAUGAAAGUCGUGCCAUUUAACUGUAAUCACAAAAAGUUUGGCUUGAAAAGAGACGAGAUGAAGGGAGGGUUGGUGUCGUUUUUGUUCUGCCUGCUUGAGUACUAGUUGUAGCAUGAAACCUUUGUGUGCUCGUGUAGACUUGUGUAGCAUGUGUCGGUGAGGCAAAAGAAAGCAUAGACACUCUUAGAAAAAGGGUUCCAAAAUGGUUCCUCGGCUGUCCCCAUAGGAGAACCCUUUUUGGUUUCAGGUAGAACCCUUUGGUGUUCCAUGUAGAACCCUCUGUGGAAAGGAUUCUACAUGGAACCCAAAAGGGUUCUACCUGGAACCAAAAAUUGUUUUUCUAAAGGUUCUGCUAUGGGGACUCCCUUCAACCCGCCUUCAAAGGACUUCCUCCACACAACAGCUGCUCUGAAUGUAUAAUGGAAGGAGCUCGCUACUAACCAGCACGGUGUGUCUGUCCACCCACCGCUUCUACACUGCAAUAUACCAGGAUACCAGGAGCAUCACUCAACUCUGAACACAGAACCGUUAGUUACAACCACAAGCUCUGACAACACGUCUUCUAGGCGCCACAGACGCAACUUGCUCUGCAGAGAUCUUAAAGAGAUCUGUUGGACAAUGCAGUAGAAUCACUUUUUUGCAUUUGACCCAUAUGAAAUGUAAUAAGAGAAAGAUCGAGGGAGGUAUUAAAGAGAGGAUAGAGGGAGGUAUUAAAGAGAGCAUAGAGGGAGGUAUUAAAGAGAGAAUAGAGGGAGGUAUUAAAGAGAGGAUAGAGGGAGGUAUUGAAGAGAGAAUAGAGGGAGGUAUUAAAGAGAGGAUAGAGGGAGGUAUUGAAGAGAGGAGAGAGGGAGGUAUUGAAGAGAGAAUAGAGGGAGGUAUUGAAAAGAGGAGAGAGGGAGGUAUUGAAGAGAGAAUAGAGGGAGGUAUUGAAAAGAGGAGAGAGGGAGGUAUUGAAGAGAGGAUAGAGGGAGGUAUUGAAGAGAGGAGAGAGGGAGGUAUUGAAAAGAGGAGAGAGGGAGGUAUUGAAGAGAGAAUAGAGGGAGGUAUUGAAAAGAGGAGAGAGGGAGGUAUUGAAGGCGUGAACAGCAGGUUAGUUAGAGCUUUUGGCAGCCCAAACCCCUGUUUGAUCAGAUGUUACUGACAGAAAGUGAAAAAUAUUAUUCCACCUAGCUGGGUUUCUGGCUUAGUCGAGAUCAGAGGGGGAUUGAGGGAUAGAGGUAGAUACAGAGAAAGAGAAUGUGUGAGAGACAAAAAGAGUGAGCGAAAGUCAUAGAAUGGGCAGAAAUGUGGAUACAGACAAAAAGAGAUAAAGGUGUUGGGGUCAAACAUAAGAUGUGGAUUCAUUCCAAAGGUUCAGUGACAGUGAGCCUCCCUCUCCAGAUGCUAGAGGCUCUUCUACAGCCUGUUCUAAGAUGUCUCACUUGGAGGAAGAACUGUGUCCUUGAAUGGUCUGGCAUGGUUCUGUUUGGCCUCACGUCACUUCCUCCUCGUCAGAUGUCUCUGAAAUGCAUUUCUUGUACUCGCACUGCCUCUCUUUUUCUCUCUCUCUCUCUCUCUCUCUCUCUCUCUCUCUGUCUCCCUUUCUCUCUCUCUCUCUCGCUCUGUCUCCCUUUCUCAAUCUCUCUCUCUCUUGGUGUCUGUCUCCCCCUCUGCCCAUAUGUCUGACCAGAACUCAAGGUCUCACCCACCCAAGCCAAUCCACCGCUGAAAGGGGACUGAACCAAACUGCCAAAUCUCCCAGAACAUGUCCUCCAGCUGCUGCUGGGCUCUGAUCUAGGGGACAAAGAGGCCCCACAUACCCCCCCACAGCCUACGCUAAUGGUUGAUUCCACAUUUAGGAGGACCUCCCAAUGUGCACCUCUCUCAGUUUCUCAAACCGUAGCAGACUCCAACAUGGGAUACCCAGCAAGAAGAAUCCCUAUUGGACACAAAGACUGUCUACUGUUUUGAAGUGGUGUCCAUUGUAUUCCCAGUAACUGAUAUAUUUGAGCCCCCUUGCUGCGAGUCUGUCGCUGCAAUGGCACAGAUCACAUCAUCUCUUUAGAGUAAACAAUCAUUUCCCAGAAUACUUUAGGUGUUUGUCUAGUGUUGGAGAUGACAUAACCUUCUUGGAAAGGCUUACUAUCCAUAAUAUUUACUAUUUUGCUCUCUCUUUCACACACGUUAAUGUAGAUAAGUAUGUGUAGAGAGCAUGUUGUUAACUCAUCGCAAUGAUUUCUCUCACCAAAAAUCUCUCUUUUUGUUUCGGUCUUCUUUUAUCAACACAAAACUUAUGUCGUCUGAAGUUUUCAUAGAAUGAGUAUUCCCUAUGUAUACCCAUAUUUAUGUUAGAUGUUACACAUACCAACUUAUGAUUUUUUAUUUAUUGAGAGGUACCAGAACACAGAUAUUUAAAUCAUAGAUGAAAUGAAAAGUUAAGCUCAUGGAGACACUCAAAUGUCUUGAGAAAUCGUAUCUUUCAUUUUAUUAAUGGAACCACACUGUAACAAUACACUAUUUGGGGCUGGUAUUGAAUCAACAGUAGAGUAACAUUUCUGUGUAAGACAUGUUAAUGUGUUAAUAUUGGCUUAACGCUGCUGUACUGUAUAGUCCUGAUUUAACUUAACUCACAGCUUCAAACUGCCACACAGAUACAGUAUUGUUAUAGAAAGCUGUAAACCAAAGUGAACCUGUAAGUAACAUUGUGUUCGUAAGAUGUAGCAUGAAGAGAUAAACACAUGCCAAUUCACUUUCACUUCUUUUAAAUAUUGUCGGAGUGAGAUUUUGCAGGAAGGGUUGUUGUAAAGACAAUGUCUGGCAACCUAUUCCCUUUAUAGUGCACUACUUUUGAGCAGUGACCAAAGGGCUCCAUAGUAAAGUAGUGCACUAUGUCAGGAAUAGGGUGCUAUUUGGGAGACAGUAGAUAUUAGCCUGCUUGGUGUUGUUCAGAACAUUUCAGUAGAUACCGUAGCAGCCGAAUGCAUCCAACUGGACCUGUUAACCGGUGCUUUAUUGAUAUACAUGUAUGUGUGGUAAUUGUUAACAUAGUAAUGAAUUCCUUCUCAAGCUUAUGUAGUGGCAGAAAAGUCUCCACAUCUUGUGCUUUUGACCUGCUAGAUUCUAUCAUCAUAACCAAGGGCACCAUUUUUUUUCUAUUAUAACAGAGGUGAAUCUCCCUACUCAUGAUAAACCCUCAAGUGAUAUGUACAUAUGAAACAGAAAUUAGUAUGACAUUUUUUUUUGCAGGAGUUUAAUAAUAAGGAGUAUAAUAGUAGUAUAAUAAUAAGAUAAGAAGUCACUAACUGACUUGUUGCUAAAUAAAAUGUGUAAAGGUUUGUAUGUGAGGAGGAAUCAUUUGAAGUAUAAAGUCAUUCUCAUGUUCCCUUCUGUGAUUGUGAUUAAAUGAAUGUAGCCUACAUCACACCAUGGUUAUAGUGUUGUAAAUACAGUUCUCAACCUGUGGCACUUAAGAGGUCAAAUCAAAUGUGCUACCAUUGUUUAUGCUAUGUAUGUAUCACAAUAAGCUAGAUGGGAUCAUGCUGUUCCCAAUAAACCACAUCUUUCCUGCA